UAGCGGUGUUUUGUUUACAAACGACAUCAGAACGUUCAUCGGUGCAUUUCGCACAUUCCUGCGAUAUUUUCUACUUGUUUUAAGUGAAAAACUGCCACUUUUGGCAAAUUAAAUGGCACGCAAUGCGGAAAAGGCAAUGACCACGUUGGCACGAUGGCGAGCGGCCAAGGAAGCAGAAACGGGCAAAAACGAACGGCGACCAUAUCUGGCAUCCGAGUGUAGAGAUUUGUCAAAAUGCGAAAAGUGGCGAUUGGAAAUCAUUCGAGAGAUCUCCAAAAAAGUUGCCCAAAUUCAGAACGCCGGUCUAGGUGAGUUCCGAAUUCGCGACCUAAAUGACGAAAUUAAUAAACUGCUCCGCGAGAAACGCCAUUGGGAAAAUCAAAUAUCUGACCUGGGUGGACCACACUACCGGCGCUAUGGACCAAAAAUGUUUGAUGCCGAAGGCCGCGAGGUCCCAGGAAACCGUGGAUACAAGUACUUCGGAGCUGCCAAGGAUCUACCGGGAGUGCGGGAACUUUUCGAGCAAGAGCCUCCGCCACCGCCGAAGAAAACGCGAGCCGAGCUAAUGAAAGACAUCGAUGCCGACUAUUACGGCUAUCGGGACGAUGAUGAUGGAAUACUGUUACCACUGGAGGAGAAAGCGGAAAAGCAAGCCAUUCAGAAGUUCGUGGAAGAGUGGAAGCAGAAUCAGUCCAGCGGGGAGCUGAAAGAGAUCGAACCGGAGGAGGAUAUCUACGGGUCGGAUGCACGAAUCAGUUCCGAUGUGGAAAAACAGCAAAAAGAUGACCCGAUGGGGCUGCUGGGACCACGAUUCACCGCACAUGUUCCAGUGCCUAGCCAAAAGGACAUCGAAGCAGCUCUACUUCGAAAACGAAAACUGGAACUUAUGAAAAAGUAUGGCAUCGAUGACGAUGAGGACAUGUAGGAUUAAUUAAUAACUGUUUUCUAUUAAAAUCGUAAAUUUAAAAUGUGCAAACGCGGGCCUGUCAUUGUUGCAAAAUCAAACACCAAUUUAAAUAACACAAAACGUCUCACAUUUUAUUUCUUAUUCGUCAUUUGAAUAUUUUCACCGACAAUUUUUUUAUAUAUU